CCACUACUGUGAAACAAUUCAGAAGUAAAUUACUUUAAUUUUAAAUUAUUCCAUGGUUAUCUUCUAUUUUAGUGGCAGUGAGAGUGUGCAGACCAGAAAGAAAGCUGUGCGCUUCUCGCCAAUCCGUUGUUAAGGUGAAUUUUUCAUUUGGGAUCUGAGGUUGAAGUUUUGGAGUCUAUGAAAUGGCAUUGACGUUAUUAAGGGGCAUACAUUCGAAUUGCUUUCGGUUGUACCCGUCGGUUUAUGUUGCUAGAAAACAUGUCAGACAUUUCAGGGUGCGAAGUUCACAAGGACAAACUGCAAUGCAAGAAAAGCAACAGACUCAAUUGAAAGCUUCUCCGAAAUCAGAAUCAGCAAAAUACGAAGAAGUCUUGAAAAACUACGAGGCAGUCAUUGGAAUUGAAACCCACGUGCAGCUUUCCACCCUCACAAAAGCCUUCUGCAGCUGUCCUUAUAACUACGGGGCUCACCCAAACACUAGUGUUUGCCCCGUUUGCAUGGGAUUGCCUGGGGCCUUGCCGGUUCUCAACUCAAAGGUUAUAGAGUCCGCAGUAAAAGUCGGUCUAGCACUCAACUGUAAACUCUCUCUUAGCUCAAAGUUUGAUAGGAAGCAAUACUUUUAUCCGGACCUUCCAAAGGGUUACCAAAUAUCGCAGUUUGAUAUCCCGAUUGCAGCUGGUGGUUAUCUUGAUGUUGACCUCCCGGUUGAGUUUGGUGGUGGGCAUAGAAAGUUUGGUGUGACUAGAGUUCAUAUGGAAGAAGAUGCAGGGAAGCUGCUUCACACUGAUAAUGGAAGCUUUUCUCAGGUUGACUUGAAUAGAGCAGGAGUUCCGUUGCUUGAAAUUGUCUCUGAACCUGAUAUGAGAACAGGUACUGAAGCAGCAGAAUAUGCAGCGGAGUUGCAGAGAUUAGUUAGGUAUCUUGGAGUGAGUAAUGGGAAUAUGCAGGAAGGAUCUCUACGUUGUGAUGUCAAUAUCUCAGUUCGUCCACACGGGCAGGAGGAGUUUGGCACAAAGGUCGAAAUAAAAAAUUUGAACUCAUUCUCAUCAGUGAGUAGGGCCAUCGAUUAUGAGAUAUUAAGGCAGGCACAGCUCCACAGUCAAGGUCAGGCUGAUCAGAUUGUGCAGGAAACUCGUCUCUGGGAGGAAGGAUCUCAGAAAACAUUUACAAUGAGAAAGAAGGAAGGCCUUGCAGAUUAUCGGUAUUUCCCGGAGCCUGAUCUUCCAGGAGUUAAUCUCAGUGAGGAGUACAUAAGUACUAUUCGUGAUUCCCUACCCGAACUACCUGAAACAAAACGUCGCAGAUAUGAGACCAUGGGGCUGAACAUGCAGGAUGUUCUUUUCCUCGCGAAUGAUAUAAAUGUUGCAGCAUUUUUUGAUGCCACAAUCGCAACAGGUGCUGAUGUUAAACUAGCUGCUAAUUGGAUAAUGGGUGAUAUUGCUGCGUAUAUGAACAAUGAGAAGUUGUCUAUCGAUGACAUUAAGCUUACCCCUCAAGAAUUGGGAGAGCUUAUUGCCUCAAUCAAAGGGGGCACCAUUAAUGGGAAGAUUGGCAAAGAGAUAUUGUUCGAGCUAGUAGCCAAGGGUGGAACCGUUAAAGGACUUAUUCAAGAAAAGGAUUUGGUUCAGAUUGCUGACCCCUCCGAGAUUGAGAAAAUAGUGGACAAAGUCCUUGCAAAUAACCCAAAACAGUUGGAGCAAUACCGAGGGGGUAAAACUAAGCUACAAGGCUUUUUCGCUGGCCAGAUAAUGAAAGAAACAAAGGGCAAGGCGAAUCCCGCGCUUUUGAACAAGAUACUUCUCGAGAAGCUGAAUGCAAAGCCCUGAUGUUUCUUGAAUAAUAUGACAUGACUCGAUCAUUCUACUCAGAAAUUCGGGCCCCUCUAUGCAUUAUUUUUGCUAGAUAAAGACUAGACACUGUGAAAAAGACAUGACUCAGCUGUGUCUAGGAUGUGAAAGGUAGCAGGGGAUGCCAAAGGAUGUUUAAUGGUUGAUGUUUUUAGGCGAAAAUAGAGGAAAGAUUUGUGUUCUUCCAUUUUUUAGCUAUUUAGCUGUGAAAAUUUUUUAGCAAGGCAAAUUCUACAUUUUAUGUAUUCCAGUUCCAUCAAAUACUAUAUCUGAUAGUUAUGUUUGAUAUUAGAUCAUGAAAAAUUUACAAGAAUCUUAUAAAAGAGGCGAAAAACAUUUUAAGGUCCC